AUGUCAAGUCCUGCAGCCUCAAGUCAUAGCCGCCCCUUGAAAUCGCUACUACUCCUUCAGCUUCAUGGGUUGAUCUGGCGAUAUUUUGAGCUGUCAACCCCAGAAAAAGACGCAUUGCCAAAACGCGGAGCCGUUGUCACAGCCUUGGCGACAGCAAAUCCGGGGUUAUCCCCAUAUCUGCUUGCAAAAGAUGCAGAUAUGGGUCGAGAUUGUGAAGGAGAUAUGGCGAGCCUUGGCGGUAACCCUCGUGUGGAUAUUGUCCGAUGCUGGCACACGAAUGAGAGUGAUUGGAUAAGGCGUUACGGUUGCCAAGACAAGCCUCGCGUGGCAAUAGCAUAG